AUGAAAUUUUCCCGCGAAGGCAUCGCUUUCGGUGCGCAUGUUGGCCUUGCUGCAGCUUGGCGUGCUAGAGCUGGCAAGCCCUACGUGGAGACGCCUGCCGAUGAGCGCCUGUUUGAGCAGGUCUACUUGCAGUACACUUCCGAGUACAUGAAGGGCCCAAUGUACUGGCACCCUGACAAGAUGCAGGGAUUUGCCCCAGACUAUCCUGGACGUCCCAUUGUGAAGAACGGCAAGUACACUAGCAAUGUGAUCGGAAACCUGAAGGCCUUCAGCUCCAACGAGCUUGCGUUCCUUUCCAUGCUCUUCUUCGGUGUUGGUCUGUAUGGCAACCUUCAGUUCAACUAUUACGACCCCCAGUGGGCAAAGGUUGAUGCUGGUGGAUACUUCAACGCCUCUUACAUUGUGGAGUCGCUGCUGUUGCCCAUCUCCUUCUUCAUGCACAUUGCCUGCUACAUUCAGAAGCAGAACGGCAAGUAA